CAUUCGUCUUGAACUCGUAAAUCUCAACAUGUGGUACUACAUUGAUCUCGUAAUUACCCUCAAGGCCACAAGUAAACCGCACGAUCUUGUAACCGUCGUCACGAGCCUUCUUCUUGCUGUUGCUGUAUCCAAUCCCGUAGUACUCACUAUUCGUGAUAACAUCCACGGGGUCGACCCAUCUGAAUUUCCUUGUGGCGGGAUUCCAAAGAGCUAGGUUGGCGAAUCUCAAGUGAUCGGCACACUUGCACAGCAUGAGUCCAUCGCAGUGAACCAUAGUAUCAAUUAGAGGUGUCAACUGGGCGGGCUGACCAUGGGCUAGCCCAGUCCAAUUCAUUUUGGGCGGGCUAUGGACAUGUCCAAUUAAUAAAUGGUCCAACUGGACAAAAGACCAAUUGGUAUACGGUCCAAUUGGGCGAAGACCAAAUGGACAAUGGGUGUCCAUGGGCUUCUUAAAAUAUAAUUUCAUGAGUUUAAUAAAAGAAAACAUAACUUUACAAUUUAACCAAAAAAAAAAACAGUUUUAUCGUUAAAAUAAAAAAUUAAUGAUUUUGACGGAAAACGUAAUUCACAGUUUUGACGGAAAAAUGUAUUUCAUAAAUUUGGCGAGAAAAUUUAAUUUUUCGGUUUUGGCGGAAACACACACAAUUUCUCGGUUUUGGCGGGAAAACGCAAUUUCUCAGAUUUUGGCGGAAAAACAUAAUUUUUCGGUUUUAGCGGGAAAAUGCAAAUUUGCGGUUUUAGCGAGAAACACACAAUUUUUCGAUUUUGGCGGAAAACGCAAUUUCUUGGAUUUUGACGGGAAAAUACAAUUUUUCGGUUUUGGCGGAAAAAUGUAAUUUCUCAGAUUUUGGCGGGAAAAUACAAUUUCUCGGUUUUGGCGGGAAAACACAAUUUCUCGGUUUUGGCGGGAAAACGCAAUUUCUCGGUUUUGGCGAGAAAACGCAAUUUUCCGGUUUUGGCGGAAAAACGCAAUUUCUUGGUUUUGGCGAAAAAACACAAUUUCUCGGUUUUGGCGGAAAAAACACAAUUUCUCGGUUUUGGCGAGAAAAUGUAAUUUCUCGGGUUUGGCAGGAAAACGUAAUUUUUUUGAUUUUGGCAGAAAAACGUAAUUUCUCGGUUUUGACGGAAAAAUAAAAAAAUAUCGGUUUUGGCAGAAAAACGCGAUUUUUCGGUUUUUGCGGAAAAAUGAAACUUUUUCGAUUUUGAGAGGAAAACAUAGUUUUACAGUUUUGAUAAGAAAAAAAUUACUUUUAUAAUUUUGGAAAGUAAACAUAAUUUCAAAAUUUUAAAAAUAAAAUCUAAACUAAUAAUUAAAAAAUAAUUAUAAAUAUUAUUGGGUGUCCAUGGGCAUGCCCAUUUGGACAUGGUCUCUAUUGGUCUUAGACAUUUGUUGGACCAUUGUCCAAUAUGGACCACCCAUUACUGCCCAAAACUGAAAUGGUCCAAAUGGUCAUGCCCAAUUGGGCCAUGGACGGACCAUUUGACAGCUCUAGUAUCAAUCUCAUAUGGAGGAGGUUGAACGUUUUGGAUUGGCGAAGCUGUGCGUUCUCUGGUCAGUACUGGAUCCAUGAUUUGUACCACACCAUCAAAGAUUCUUAUGAAUCGUUCUUGAGAGCGACGCAAGUGUUCGUAGAUGAAUGUUUCGUCGGUUAUGAGAGCGUACCACUUCUUGCAUGUCGGUUUUGAUCGGACGAGAGCAUCCGUCGGAGUCUUGUAAAAGAUUUCUUGUGUUAUCUCCGGUGGCAGCGAAGACAACGACCACGAACGCUUUGAAGAAGAAGCCAUGAGCGCACUCAGAAAGAUUUGAUUAAUCGUCGUGGAUUCUUGAACCAGUUUGUGAUUUUUUUUUAUUUUUUUUUGUGUGCGCGAAUUGUUUUGUAUGCUCACUCUAAUAUAAUCAAAUAUAACGACCGAAUCGGUUAAGAUGUAAGAUCUCAACGUACAUAUUGAUCGAAAUGUGUAAAUCUAAAUCAUGGAUACUCCAAAUUCUCUGUUUAAUUUAGGCCACGUGUUGUUGAUCACGCAACCUAGUCUCACCCGUAAAGCAACACGUUCGUGGGAUAGUUUUCGUCUAGUGCAUGGGCUUCGUUGUUUUCUGAUGAGCCGAUACGAUAUAUGUUUGAAUAAUUUGCUAUAUAAAAUAAGAUUGAUGUGAUAUUUUUUAAGAGAAUUCAUACACAUAUAUACGUACAUACAAAUUAACAGUUAACAAAAUUGCUAUUAGAUGAUUCAUGUCUUAUUUAUUUACUAUGAGUAAUAUGAAUCUUUUUUUUAUAAUCACUGGAGUAAUAUGAAUCUAAGAAAAUUAAAGUGAAGUAAUUUAUAAAAUAAAAAAUUUAAAGGCCAUGCAAAAAUUAGAAGACAAAUGGUAACAAACCAAUAAACUCUUGCCGUAGAGAUUUCAGUGCCAGAAUGUUAGGUUAGCCAAUCAGAUUUUUACAUAAUGUAACCACAUUUUCAAUUCAUAAGUAAAUGUUUCACAUAAAUAAUACUCACAUGCUUUUAUAGAAUAAUAAAUUUUCUUGUCAGAGAAAAUGAUGAACUUGCUUUGGUAGUAGCAUGCCUAUGGUCAUAUUUUUAGCAUAAGUAGUACUAGUUAGUGUAUCUGCCAAAACAGAGUGAAUAUUAUGAGCUCAUACGACAAGAGAACUCAUACACCUAUCAUCCAAGGUCUUCAAUAAUCAACGAGAGAAUAAUCAAUAGAUCUAAUCCAAGCUUGAGCACCAAGGAAAGGCACAUACAUCAUACAUGUUGUGACGUGAUCACCACUAUCCACACAAAAAAAAUCACUAAGCUUGAUGAGUUCGUCGUUGUUACCAAACCGGUGGUUACUAAACCGUCGUUACCCAAACGGUGAUUACUAAACCGAGCGCUCAUGGCUUCCCCAAGGCGUUCAUGGUCCUUGCCGCUGCUGCCACCGGAGAUAAUACAAGAAAUCUUUUACCGGACUCCGGCGGAAGCUCUCGUCCGAUCAAAACCGACGUGCAAGAAAUGGCACGCUCUCAUCACCAACAAAAGGUUCAUCAACGAACACCUCCAACGCUCCAAAGAACGUCCCCAAGAACGCUUCAUAAGAAUCUUCGACAAGGUACGGAUCAUGGAUCCAAUAACCAGAAGAAGCGCAGCAUCACCAAUCCCAAACGAGCUACUACAACAUCCAUAUAACAUCAAUACUUUGGUCUACACCCUCAUGGUUCACUGCGACGGACUCAUGCUGGUUGCGCAUCGUGGUUGGAAGUGCAGAAGCGACGGAUCAAUACUCCCCAACAUCGCACUUUGGAAUCCUCUUUUGAAUAAAAUCAAAUGGGUCGAGCAGCCCACGGGGUGCAUCACGAGUGGUGACUACUACGGGAUUGGAUACAGCGGCGAUGGUAAUUACAAGCUCGUGAGAUUCACGUCUCGUCCGUUUGAGGUCGAGGGUUUCGAGGACGUGCCAGAGGUUGAGGUUUACGAGUUCGAGACGAGUUCUUGGAGAACCGUUGGCGGCAAGGUUGAUGUCGACGUGGAGAUUGCGAGGAAGUGUGUGUCUGUGAUGGGUAACAUGUAUUGGGUUGCUUAUAGAUGUUGGAAAGAAUAUGAGAAGUUCAUUAGAGUUUUCGAUUUCUCGGAUGAAACGUUCAAGGACAUAUGUUUCUGUCCUCCCUCUUACGGUGAUAAUAGUCACUUGUCUUGUUUCAAUGGAGAUAGCUUGUCGUUGCUGCAGCAAGACGCAGCGUCAAGGAAGAUUGAGGUGUGGGUUUCGAGCAAGUUGGGUGAUGGUGAUGUCUCGUUUAGCAAGUAUUUCAGUUUGUCCGGCCUUGAUCUUCCGGCGUUACGGGUCCACGCAACUGCUGCUCGUCCUGUGUACUGCUUUGUGAAGCCUAAGAGUGUGAUCGUGUGGUGCGUGGAAGUUGAAGGAAAAGGUACUGAUAAGGCUUGUAGUUGCUGUACUCUUUAUGAGAUUGAUGAGGAUGGGGUGAAGAGUAAGAAGGUGACGGAACGAAACUACGUGCGUGACUAUUCUCGCGCCUUCGUUUGUGGGUAUGCGUAUGUUCCAAGUAUGAUCCCUCUUCCAUGGGUUAGAGAUUAGGGUUUUAUUUCUUGUUCGCCAAGCUUUCGUUUUGUUCUUUGUUUGUUGAUCUUCUGCCAUGUAUAUCUUGAAAGGAACUAUAUGAUACCUGAUGUGUUGUGCAGAUGUUACUUAACAUGACGUUGGUUAUGGUUUAUGUAUUAGAAUCUUGACAAGUUUUAGGUUAUGGUGCAUUGUUAUAUCAUGUGUGUCUCAGUAACGGUAACGUUGCUUUCAGUGCUGGUAUGGGCUUAGUCUUUUGAUAAUAAUUUUCUAGUUCAAGAGGAUGCCUAUUGAUCCACCUUUGGAACAUGACAUGACUCUGGUUUAUACGCUGGAGGGUGCCAUGCACCCUACAAUCAAACCCACAACUCAAUUAAGAAAUAUAGGUGAAAACCACGAUAAAAAACGUUUGGGAGGAUAUAAAGAUAAUGAACUUGCUUUGAUAGUAGCAUAUGUCAUCUUCUUAGCAUAAGUAGUACUAGUUUAUCUGCUGAGCUCAUACAAGUACAACAAGAGAACUCAUACCGCCUAUCAUCCAAGGUCUCCACUCUACAGUAAUCAGUGAGAGAAUAAUCAAUAGAUCUAAUCCAAGCUUGAGUUCCAAGGAAAGGCACAUACAUCAUACAUGUCGUGAUCACCACUAUUCACACACACAAAAAUCACUAAGGCUAAAAAAACCACUAUAAGUCUACAAGCUUGAGUUCCUCGUCGUUACCAAACCAGUGGUUACUAAACCGGUUCAUUUGCUUUAUUCAGUCAAUGAGAUUAAAAAAAAUGAUUUUAUGUUUUUCGUUCGGUUGAAUCUUUUAACUGGUUCGCUUCUUUUAUUCAGUCAAUGAGGUUAAAUUAUUUUACCAAAAAAGAUUAAAGAAUCACAAAGAG